GGUACCCCCAUCUCUUCUUCCACGGUUCCCCCUCACCGUAUCGCUGUGGCUCCGAGUGCUGAUCUGCCAGACUCUGCGACAGGUGGUUGGGUCAUUAAGCACACCACAUUCACUAAAAUCAAGACAAGAGCGACUCACGAUUCAUAAACCUCCUCCGAACUCCCUCCGAACUCCGGAUCAACUGUCUCGCGAACUUCAGCCUACCUCUUGAAAACGAAACGUUGGAUCGAUAGCGGCGGGGAAGCCACCAUAGUGCUCAGUGCGCUGAUUAUUUUCGUCGUCCGUCCGCCCCUGACCUGGCCAAACCGCCUGCUACGAUCUAAACGUCCACUGUCGAGACCGCUUCCUCCAGACCUGUUCUGAUUUUUUUUUGAAUACUCGUGCUCGGUUGAAUUCCAGCUCUGACCUUGUUCGUCCUGCUUACGACGCCCAUGCUACCCUGUCGCUUCGAGAUUUUUCUAGCGCCGCGCACGGAGAUAAGCUGUUGAGCCUUAGUCUGAGAAGACAAUCAUACCGGGAUAAUUACGUUUGAGCCAGAAAACCGACGCAUACCUUCUGCUCAAAAGGAACUACAGUAGAGGAGCUUUAUUGCAUACUCUAAUAAUAAUCUGGAAGUGGGAUCUGCGAUAGUUCGACUUGGAGGUCCUCUGCCUUCAAGAUGAUGUCGAGAAGCCAGUCGAGCCUGGGUCACCUGGAUUCUUUCCGGGAUGAGCAUCCUCACACUGGUGUGUCUCCAGGGACGCCGGCUCCCAAUUCCUCGCCGAAUCCGGUCAAUCUGUCGGGUCUUGUGUGUAAUGUUCGCCGCACCUCCGGACGCGAACCCCCUCCUCUUGUUGGAGCGACCACAACCAUUCUCGGUGACAAACUUUAUGUCUUUGGUGGCCGUAUCCUUUCGAAGACCCGGCCACACCUGACGUCCGACAUAUACGAGCUGGACUUGAUUCGGCGUCACUGGUCCAAGAUCGAGGCUUCUGGCGAUAUCCCCCGCCCACGGUAUUUUCAUAGUGUUUGCGCGCUUGGGGACAGCAAGCUUGUGUGCUACGGUGGAAUGUCUCCGAUCGCAAACCCCCCAAAGGACUCGACAAAUGGUGGGAAUGAGCCACAACCAGAAGUGGUGGUGAUGUCUGAUAUCAACAUAUUCGACGUCCCAACUCGAACAUGGACCAGGAUAAAUACUCACGACUCUCCUCAAGGGCGAUACGCGCACUGUGCGACAAUAUUACCUUCCAGUGCUUAUUUCACCUCGGCGACUGCUCCCCUCUCAGCGAUUCACCACAAUCCUGCGUCUGCGAACCCUCACCAGGGUUCCAUUGGCGUGGACAUUGACGGCCUUGGUGGAGCAGAAAUGGUUGUAGUUGGUGGACAGGACAGCACGAACCGCUACAUCGAACAGAUUAGUGUAUUCAACCUGCGGAGCUUAAAGUGGACCAAUACGAGCCCUUUAGGACGAAGUUGCGGCGCGUAUAGGAGCGUCGCUGCUCCUUUGACUGGAAUGAGAUUGUCUGAUAUCGGGAGCGCGUCUGCUGACCAAGAGGCGCAAGACCCAAUAGAGGACGUAGGAGCUCCGGGAUUUCCGAUGUUGAUUUACUCCAACUAUAACUUUCUGGACGUCAAGCUGGAGCUCCAGAUUCGAUUACCGGAUGGUCGUCUGGUUGAGAAGCCUAUGCCGAGUCAGGCAUCCCCGCCUGGUUUGCGAUUCCCAAACGGUGCCGUUAUUAACGGGCACUUUGUGGUCAGCGGCACUUACCUCACUUCUUCAAAGCAAGAAUACGCGCUGUGGGCGCUAGACCUGAAGAGUCUCACCUGGGGCCGGAUUGAUGCUGGCGGGUCUGUGUUUGGACAUGGUAGCUGGAAUCGUGGUGUACUGUGGUCGAGGAGGAAUACAUUUGUCAUUCUUGGCCAUCGCAAACGCAACCUCGUCGAGGAUUACAACCACCGCCGCAUCAACUUUACCCAUUUGUGUAUGGUUGAGCUAGAGGCCUUCGGGCUCUACAAUAACCCUUGCAGAACCUCCCCAACGUCCGCAUAUAUUUCCCAUAGUGGUCCCGCAGUUCCUGCGUCCUUCCAGCAGAAGCUGGCCCAAUUGAGAUCGGGCGGCCGCCCGUUUUCUGCCGCAGCGGCUGAGCUGGGACGCCUUGCGCAGACUGUUCCUGAAAUGGCUGAUAUGGAGCUCCAGGCCGUAGGGGGAGAGCGGAUAUCCGUAAAUUCACGAAUCCUCAGUCGGAGAUGGGGCCCAUACUUCAUUCAACUUCUCCGCGAAUCCUCCGAUACAGCCUCAGAUACGGCGACUCUCCGAACCGGAUUGCAGCCGUAUCCCAGCCGCAAUUCUAGUAUAACGAUAACACCCUCAUUAGACCACGGCAGCACAUACUCCAACGCCACAACCCUCGCCAGCAGCAACAACAACCCGGCCAAAUCCAUCCUUGCAAACCUCGAACUUCCCUCCGCACACAGUCUUCCCCCCACAUCUCGCCCCCGGGUGCUAUUCCUCCCGCACACUGUUCUCACUCUUCAAGUACUCGUCUUUUACCUCUACACCUCAGCCCUACCCCCCGUUGGAUCCCCCCUUUGCACGCCUCAAAUUCUCUGCUCCCUCCUCCAACUUGCCCGCCCCUACCAGGUUGACGGCCUACUUGAAGCCGUCGUCGAACGCCUUCAUCAAGUCCUCGAUGGCCGCAACGCUGCUGCCGUCUUCAACGCCGCCGCCAUGGCCGCCGGUGGCGGUAGAGGAACCGGCUUCAUUAGCGGGCCCGGCGGCACACUUGAAGCCCUCAACGGCGCCCACGCCGCCAACGAGCUCGCAGACCUCACCAACGCUAUCUCCCUCACCGAUACCCGUAGCCGCCUGAACUCCGACUCAUCCGACACUGAACAUGGCACUGCGUCUGCCGUCUCCGUCGCAAGCAGCAGCGCCGGCGGUGGUACACGCGGCGUCCCCCUCCGCAUCAACACCAAUAUCUUUUCCCGCCGCCAGGGCCGCGAGCGCGAGGACUCCAUCAGUAACGCUAGCACAUCGUCUGCGUCGGCUACUAGCUACGAUUUCUCUGAUUCUGAGGGUCUGCCUGGUGAUAUGGCGCGGUCUUCACGCCGGAGGAGAGGCACGCAUGGCGAUAACGAGGUUUGGACAGGAGAUCUCAGUAGUGUGAUUGGACUGCAGAAGCGUGGGCUCCGCGGUCUGAUGGAGGGCCGGCGGUUGAGAGAGCGGAGCGCGAAACCCCCCAGCUCGGGCCAGGCUUCAGUUGCGGCGGUCCCAGUGGAUCAUACUGCCAAUGUCAUUUGA